AUGAGGUCAGAAGCCUUGCUGCUAUAUUUCACACUGCUACACUUUGCUGGGGCUGGUUUCCCAGAAGAUUCUGAGCCCAUCAGUAUUUCACAUGGCAACUCCAAUUUACAUUCUCAGGAUGAAUGUCAUAACUUUAUUAAGGUUCUCCUAAAAAGAAAUGAAGAUACACUGUUUAUCUGUGGAACAAAUGCAUUCAACCCUUCUUGCAGGAACUACAAGAUGGAUACCUUGGACUAUCUGGAAGAGGAAUUCAGUGGGAUGGCCAGGUGCCCUUAUGAUGCAAAGCAUGCCAACGUUGCAUUGUUUGCAGAGGGAAAGCUGUAUUCUGCCACAGUGACCGACUUCCUUGCAAUAGAUGCAGUCAUAUACCGGAGCCUUGGAGACAGCCCAACUCUGCGGACAGUUAAACAUGACUCCAAGUGGUUGAAAGAACCAUACUUUGUUCAGGCAGUUGACUAUGGCAAUUACAUAUACUUCUUCUUCCGGGAAAUAGCGGUGGAGUACAACAGCAUGGGAAAGGUAGUUUUCCCAAGGGUGGCCCAGGUUUGCAAAAAUGACAUGGGAGGAUCUCAGAGAGUGCUGGAAAAACAGUGGACUUCCUUUCUCAAGGCUCGGUUGAACUGCUCAGUUCCUGGCGACUCACACUUCUACUUUAACAUACUGCAGUCAGUUACAGAUGUUAUCCAUUUCAAUGGUCGGGAUGUUGUUUUAGCAACAUUCUCCACUCCAUAUAAUAGCAUCCCUGGCUCUGCAGUCUGUGCCUAUGACAUGCUUGACAUUGCCAAUGUAUUUACUGGGAGAUUCAAAGAGCAAAAGUCUCCAGACUCCACAUGGACACCAGUUCCUGAUGAACGAGUGCCCAAGCCCAGGCCUGGUUGCUGUGCUGGCUCUACUUCAUUAGAAAAAUAUGUAACAUCUAAUGAGUUCCCAGAUGAUACUCUGAACUUCAUCAAAACACAUCCACUGAUGGAUGAGGCUGUACCUUCCAUUGUGAACCGACCCUGGUUCCUGAGAACAAUGGUCAGAUAUCGCCUGACCAAAAUUGCUGUUGACUCUGCUGCUGGGCCGUAUCAGAACUACACCGUGGUUUUCUUGGGGUCAGAGAAGGGAAUCAUCCUGAAGUUCUUGGCACGGACAGGAAACACUGGUUUCCUAAAUGACAGCCUUUUCCUGGAGGAGAUCAAUGUUUACAAUCCUGAAAAGUGCAGCUAUGAUGGCAUGGAGGACAAGCGGAUCAUGGGCAUGCAGCUGGACAAGCCCAGCAGCGCCCUGUACGUUGCCUUCUCCACCUGUGUCAUCAAGGUUCCCCUGGGGCGCUGCGAGCGCCACGGCAAGUGCAAAAAGGCCUGCAUAGCAUCCAGGGACCCGUACUGCGGAUGGGUGAAGGAGAGCGGGGUGUGCAUGCAGUUGUUCCUUGGCUCCAAACUGGCAUUUGAACAGGACAUAGAACGUGGCAAUACAGAUGGCCUGGGUGAUUGCCAAAAUUCCUUCGUAGCCCUGAAUGACAUUUCAACUGCUUCACCUGAUCAUGAAAUGUCUUACUACACAGUGUAUGGACACUCCAGUUCCCUAGUCCCAAGCACCACCACUUCUGACUCUCGCGCUCGACAGGGUUAUGAUGCUAGGGGACGCAUGCUGGAUUGGAAGGAUCCGCUUGGUUCAUCUGAAAAUACAGAUCCAUAUGUGGCAGUUUCAUCCCAUAAUCAUCAAGACAAGAAGGGAGUGAUUCGUGAGAGUUACCUGAAAGGUCAUGAUCAGCUGGUGCCAGUCACCCUGUUGGCCAUUGCUGUUAUUCUUGCUUUUGUCAUGGGGGCUGUUUUCUCGGGAAUCAUAGUGUACUGCAUCUGUGACCACCGCCGCAGAGACAUGGCUGUUGUGCAGAGGAAGGAGAAGGAGCUGACACACUCUCGCCGCGGCUCCAUGAGCAGUGUUUCCAAGCUCAGUGGCCUCUUUGGGGAUGCUCAGUCCAAGGAGCCGAAGCCUGAAGCUAUCCUCACGCCUCUGAUGCGCAAUGGCAAGAUGGCUACCCCAGGCAGCACUGCCAAGAUGCUAAUCAAAGCUGACCAGCACCAUCUGGACCUGGCUGCCCUGCCAACCCCUGAGUCCACCCCAACCUUGCAACAGAAGAGAAAGCCCAGCCGAGGCAGUAGGGAAUGGGAGAGAAACCAGAACCUCAUCAAUGCCUGCACAAAAGAUAUUCCCUCAAUGGCCUCACCAGUGAUCCCAACUGACCUGCCGCUCAGGGCUUCUCCCAGCCACAUCCCCAGUGUUGUGGUCCUGCCCAUAGCCCAGCAAGGCUACCAGCAUGAGUAUGUUGACCAGCCAAAAGUGAGCGAUGGGGCUCAGAUAUCUGUGGAGGACCAGAAUGCCACCCUUGAGUACAAAACUAUCAAGGACCACCUCAAUAGCAAAAGCCCCAGCCACGGAGUUAACCUGGUGGAAAAUCUCGACAGUAUGCCGCCAAAAGUGCCCCAGCGGGAGGCGUCCCUGGGGCCCCCAGGUGCCUCACUGUCACAGAGCGGGCUGAGCAAGCGACUGGAGAUGCACUCCUCUGCUUACAACAUGGAUUACAAGAGAAGCUACCCCACAAACUCACUCACAAGAAGUCAUCAGGCAUCAACUCUCAAAAGAAACAACACUAACUCCUCCAACUCGUCCCACCUGUCCCGCAACCAGAGCUUCAGCCGGGGUGACAACCCACCGCCAGCCCCACAGCGGGUGGACUCCAUACAGGUCCACGCUGCUCAGGCACAGGCUGUGACUGUAUCCCGGCAGCCAAGUCUCACUGCCUACAACUCAUUGACCAGGUCAGGCUUGAAACGCACACCCUCGCUAAAGCCAGACGUACCUCCCAAACCUUCCUUUGCUCCGCUUUCCACGUCCGUGAAGCCCAACGAUACAUGUACAUAA